GGGGGGGUCACCUCCCCUCACACGUUGCCAGCUCCUUUCACACGGCGCAUGACCUCUUUGUGAUCUUCUGGAAUGAUCUACAUUCUUCUGGAAUCUUCUGUUCCCCACAACGUCCACUGUACUUAUUAACCAUGGGGCUAAAGGAGGCUGACGUUACUGCAGCCUGUAUGGAUUCACUCAGAUUCACUGAGCACUGCCAUCCCAUCAUAUUUCAAAUGAUUCAGAAUAGCCCACUGUACUAACAAGGUGUGAAGCCCUUGUGCUAUAAUAUUGUAGUUAUUGCCCUACCAAUUGCACAUAAUCUCCACACAACACAAAAGUUUAUUCAGACAUCUCCCCUUUGAAACUGAUUAAAUUGUAUGACAUAUAACUGUAAUUACUAAAUUUCCAUGGAGUGACUUUUGGAACAAACACAGCAUUUAGGAAACAGCAGUGUGGGAAACUUAAGGUUACUGCGUAUCAGCUGUUUACUUAGUCUUCUUAGAGGUCUGUAAUGAAGUUAGUCAGAUCGAGGUUAAAUACAGCCAAGCUGCAGUCUGCGAUGUGCGGAUGGAGCUGAGAAAACAUACUGAGGUGACAAUGCAGCUGAUCUGCGUCUCAGGGUAUAAACAGGCACGAUGACCAGCCCUGGAAGUUGUUAAUGGUUAAUUUAAGGAAAAGAAAGGAAGCCGAUGUGUCAGCGUAUACACUGAUAGAAGAUUAAGAAAAAGGCCUCUUGAAAAAAGGUUCCAUUCAUUACCACGAAUAAAGGAAGAACCUCGGCUGUGCCUCCGUCUGUCUCAAGGAGCCCGACUUUCCGCGUCUUCGCCGAGAACAGCGAGCGAAAAUGCCAAAGCCGGUCAAUGUCCGCGUCACCACCAUGGACGCUGAGCUGGAGUUUGCCAUCCAGCCCAGCACCACGGGGAAGCAGCUCUUCGACCAGGUGGUCAAGACCAUCGGUCUGCGGGAGGUUUGGUACUUUGGCCUUCAGUACAUGGACAGCAAGGGAUAUCACACCUGGCUGAAACUCGAUAAAAAAGUGGCAUCCCAGGACGUGAAAAAGGAGAACCCACUGCAGUUCAAAUUCCGGGCCAAGUUCUUCCCAGAAGACGUGUCCGAGGAGCUGAUCCAGGACAUCACGCAGAAGCUGUUCUUCAUGCAGGUGAAGGAGGCCAUCCUGACCGACGAGAUCUACUGUCCCCCGGAGACGGCCGUGCUGCUUGCCUCCUACGCCGUCCAGGCCAAGCACGGGGACUUCGCCAAAGACGUGCACCGCGCCGGAUACCUCACUUCUGACCGCCUGCUGCCCCAGCGUGUGCUGGAGCAACACAAACUCUCCCGAGAGCAGUGGGAGGAGCGGAUCCAGGUGUGGCACGAGGAGCACCGCGGCAUGCUGAAGGAGGACGCCAUGCUGGAGUACCUGAAGAUAGCGCAGGACCUGGAGAUGUACGGCGUCAACUACUUUGACAUCAAGAACAAGAAGGGCACCGAGCUGUGGCUGGGCGUGGACGCCCUGGGGCUCAACAUCUAUGAGAAGGAGGACAGACUGACUCCGAAGAUUGGAUUUCCCUGGAGUGAAAUCAGGAACAUCUCCUUCAACGACAAGAAGUUCAUCAUAAAGCCCAUCGACAAAAAGGCUCCGGACUUCUUGUUCUAUGCCCCCCGGCUGCGCAUCAACAAGCGCAUCCUGCAGUUAUGCAUGGGCAACCACGAGCUGUACAUGCGACGCCGCAAACCCGACACCAUCGAGGUGCAGCAGAUGAAGGCGCAGGCCCGUGAUGAGAAGCACCACAAGCAGAUGGAGAGAGCCCAGCUGGAAAAUGAGAAGAAGAAGAGGGAGGCCAUCGAGCGGGAGAAGGAGCAGAUGGAAAGGGAGAAACAGGAGCUGAUGAUGAGGCUGUACCACAUCGAGGAGAAGACCAAGAAGGCCGAGAGAGAACUGCAUGAGCAGAUGCAACGCGCCAUUCAGCUGGAGGAGGAGCGCCGGCGGGCAGAGGACGACGCCAUGCGCCUGGAAGUGGAUCGCCAGGCCGCGCUGAUGGCUAAGGAGGAGCUGGCCAGGCAGGCUGAGGACCAGCUGAAGAGCCAGGAGCAGCUGGCUGCGGAGCUGGCGGAGCACACAGCACGGAUCGCCCUGCUGGAGGAGGCUAAACGCCGUAAGGAGGUGGAGGCCAACACGUGGCAGCUCAAGGCCGAAGAAGCUCAGAAGGACCUGGAAAAGACCAAGGAGGAGCUCCAUGGGGUGAUGAUGGCCCCUCCCCCUCCUCCACCGCCCCCCGUCUACGAACUCAUGGACGACAACGAGCAGGAGGACGGUGAGGAGAGCAACAGCAGCUACAGUGCGGAGUUCCAGAAUGAGGGCAUCAAUGAUCACCGCAAGGAGGAGGACCGCCUCACCGAGGCUGAGAAGAACGAGCGCGUGCAGAAGCAGCUGCAGGCUCUGACCUCCGAACUGGCCCAGGCCCGUGACGAGAGCAAGAAGACCCAGAAUGACCUGCUGCACACGGAGAACGUGCGUGCUGGCCGCGACAAGUACAAGACGCUGCGGCAGAUCCGUCAGGGCAACACCAAGCAGCGGAUCGACGAGUUUGAGGCCUUGUAAUGGCCGCGUCCUGUACCCGGGCUCUGCCCGGCGCCCCUUUCUGAGUGGUCGCUGCACUACCCCCACCCCCCCCACCCUGUAGACACGCCCCCUUCACCCUGCGACGGAGAGUUCCUGUAACACCGCCGUGCCAAACUGAGUUUUCCCGAUCUAGCGAAUCUGUACGCUAUCGCUGUCACCAAAAUGACAUCUGACACGGACAAAAAAAAAUGCCGCUUUUUUUGUAGCCAAGUAGCUAAAAACAAAAGUGAAAUCGUGAGAGAGGGUGGCAGCGAGUGUCCCGCUGAGAAGGGGGCUGCUUCUUGGGUAUGGAGGGAUCACUCAGAAAGAGUAUCAGCCCUAAGCUGCCCUAAGACAGCCCUAAGCUGCCCCGAAAAGCCGACCAUCUAUUCAUUUUAUUUUCCAUUAUAUUUGAACACUUCCACUUGUUUAUGUCCAGGAAUCAUGCAUAGGUGAGUGUUUGUAUAUGGGUCAUUCCAAAAAGGGUAUUUCAGCCUACUUUGUAUAUUUUUGCUAUUGCAGUAUAACAAAUUUAAUUUGUAUUAUAAAGUUCCUAUAUGAACCAAAAUAAUGGUAGAUUUGUGUUCUAUAUAGUUGAUUUAAAGAGAUUUAUUUGUAAAUUAUUACUUUUUUUUUAUUAGUAUAUACUUGACUGCAUGUUAUUAAAUCAGUCUAGGAAGCUGUUAGAUGUUGAUUUUGUCACGCAGCUUUUCGCAGUUAAUCGUGACCCUCCAGAGGCUGUCUGGUGGCCGUCACCCUGGGGCUGUGGACAGAUGUUCUCCUCAAAGCACUAUGCUUUAAAUACUCCAGGGCCUGGCUGGAGCUUAACCUCUCUUCUGUUAAUUUUUAAGAUUCAGGAUUUUGCAGCCCUGUCUGGGUAGAGCAAGAAAUGUGCCGUCAUGUAAAUUUACAGGAAUUAACAGCGUGCGAAAUCUAAACGGCGUAACAUUUUCCCCUCUGUAUUGCUGUCCUGUAUUUAAACUUUUUUUUUUUUUAUGAAGUGUUCAACAUUAUGGGCAAUAAUAAAGGAAAGCCGUGACAAAGGUC